AUGCGUCCCAUAAUCGCAAUUCCCGUCACUCUCCUCCUCAUCGUUCGCGCCUACACCCGUCGCUCUCUCACACCGCUAGGCAUUCUGAGCGCAACACUCACCGCAACGAUCCACGCCCUGCAUCCGUCCGCCCUCCCGUUCACAUUGCUCUGCGUGUUUUUCCUGCUCGGCACGACAGCCACGAAAGUGAAACAUGAUGUGAAAGCCACAUUGACACUGUCAAGCAGUGGAGCUUCCGGCGGAGAGGGGCCUCGGACGAGCAUCCAGGUGGUUGCCAACAGCGGUUGUGCGAGCUUGUUGUGUUUGUUGCAUGUCUGGUUGUACGGUCUGGGCGCGGGCGAGGAGGAUGGGGAAUGUUUUGGUGGGAGUCAACGAAGCAAUAAUAAGACGGUCGCCGACUUGCUGUUGAUGGGGAUAAUGGCCAACUAUGCUGCGGUGGCCGCAGACACCCUGUCGAGCGAACUGGGCAUUCUCUCCAAAAGCCAACCAGUCCUCAUCACAAACCCACUACGAGUCGUGCCACGAGGGACCAACGGUGGAGUGACACUUGGUGGACUGCUGGCGGGUGUGGGAGGCAGCGCUGCCAUUGCUGCCACGAGUCUCGCAUUCCUACGCUUCUGUGCUGGAUCAACCGCCAACGCACCUGGUAUGUUCUUCUUGCUGACACUGCUCGGGACGAUUGGCACACUUCUCGACUCUCUUCUGGGAGCAAUGCUCCAAGCAUCAGUCAUUGAUCGACGGUCGGGAAAGAUCGUUGAAGGGCCCGGCGGUGUCAAGGUGCUCACGAGGCCCAAAUCCACGGCCUCAGCACAUGUGCAAGGGCGGAGAUUAAGUGAAGAAAGCAGCAGGUUGAUCAACUCCGGAAGCGACAUCUUGGACAACAACCAAAUCAACCUUCUCAUGGCUUCUAUCAUGAGUAUAUCCGGAAUGGUAGCAGGAAAUCUUUUGUUGAGAUAA